CAUACAGGGAGAGGGAGAGGGAGAGGGAGUGGAACUUGGUUGAGUGAGGGGAGGGAGAGAUGUUCUGUAAGGAGAAUAAUGGCAACGGCUACGAGCAGCAGCAGCAGCAGCAGCAGCAGCCACCGGCAAUGGUGUACGGCCAAAACCACCGAUACAGAGAGCGAGUCCGCCGUGGCAGUCGCAGGUCACGUGCUUCCUCUUCCAGUCCCCUUCCCGUUAGGGUUUCUGACACCGACCAACCUCGUCCUCCUUGCACCGAUUACGACAUGGCCUACUUCCAUUCCUACGCUCACCUCGGUAUCCACCAGGAAAUGAUCAAGGAUCGUGUGCGGACUGAAACUUACAGGGAAGCAAUCAUGCGGCAUCAGAGUUUUAUUGCAGGCAAAGUUGUAGUUGAUGUUGGAUGCGGUACAGGAAUCCUUUCUAUAUUUUGUGCUCAGGCCGGUGCGAAGCGGGUGUAUGCAGUUGAUGCGAGUGACAUUGCCCUGCAGGCAAAUGAAGUUGUUAAAGCAAAUAACCUGUCUGAUGUUAUCGUUGUAUUGCAUGGACGAGUUGAGGAUGUUGAAAUUAAUGAAGAGGUGGAUGUUAUAAUUUCAGAAUGGAUGGGCUAUAUGCUUCUAUAUGAGAGUAUGCUUGGAAGUGUUAUUACUGCCAGAGAUCGUUGGCUCAAACCUGGCGGUCUUAUUCUUCCUUCAAGUGCAACGUUGUACAUGGCUCCUGUUACACAUACUGACAGAUACAGUGAAAGCGUUGACUUUUGGCGCAAUGUUUAUGGAAUUGAUAUGUCCGCCAUGUUAUCAUUAGCUAAACAGUGUGCAUUUGAGGAACCUUCAGUCGAGACCAUAUCUGGCGAAAAUGUUUUGACAUGGCCUCAUGUGGUGAAAUAUGUUGAUAGUUAUUCUGUUACCAUCAAUGAAUUAGAAACUGUAACAACAAAGUUUAAGUUCAACUCCAUGAUGCGAGCUCCACUACAUGGUUUUGCAUUUUGGUUUGAUGUUGAGUUUAAUGGGCCUGCAAUAGCACCAACCAAUUAUCAUUCGUCAACACCAAUUAUUGAGAAUCAUCAGGUGAAUGGUAGUCAGAGAAAAAAGCGAACAAAUCCAAAUGAAGCACUGGUCCUGUCCACGGCACCUGAGGACCCUCCAACACAUUGGCAGCAGACUUUGAUAUACUUCUACGAUCCUAUUGAGCUGGAACAAGAUCAACUUAUUGAAGGUUCAGUGACAUUGACACAGAGCAAAGAAAAUGUUCGAUUUAUGAAUAUUCACCUUGAAUAUAAUUCAGGUGGUCGAGCGUUUGUGAAAGAGUCUGUUAUGAGAUGACCUUAAAGUUGUUUUACCUAGUCUUUUUCGUCAACACUCAACACCGAUGACUCAUUAUUAUCCUGGGAUCUGUUGCAUAAAAAACCCUAAUCGCUGUCUGCUAGAUUAGAAUGGAGCAACUGACGAACUUGUAAGCAUAUUUAGUUAGGUCAAAUUUUGUUGUAAUCUAAUUUAAAAGGGAGGAUUACGUCAUAAUUGGUUUGUUAUUUUUAUUUUUGUAUUUUUCAUUUGUGGGGCUAUCUCAUUUCAAUUUUCUGUAUUACUGAACUAAACGUUCUCGGCUAUUUAUCUGAAAUCAGUUUUAAAAUUUCUCCUA